ACCGCAAGCCAGCAGCUCACAAGUUAAGCUUCCAACUAAACAAGGUUUCAAAAGUCUGCAGACAUGAGAGGCCUGACAUUAACCCUUGCACUGCUGUUCUUUACAGGAACACAGGCACGCUACCCCUGGCAGCAUGAGGAACCACAAUCCCCAGCACAGAAAGCCAAAGAAAUCAUAGAGAGUUACCUGAACAAGGCGCGGGACAUCGGGAGAGAUGCUGCAACCCAGCUAGAGACUUCUGAGUUAGGCAAACAGCUUGACCUUCAGAUCAGUGAGAAGUUGGACACUCUCACUGCCAAUGCCCUGAAUGUAAGAAAACAGCUUGAACCUUAUGUGGAUAAUGUGAGAGCACAGGUGGCCAAAGAGCUGGAAAAGGAUGUUCCUCUGCUCAAGGAGAAGAUCCGUCCUAUUCUGGAAUCUUUCUAUAAGCGCUGGGUAGAUGAUGUGCAGGUUUACAAGGAGAAAUUGUCCCCACUGGCCUCUGAGGUGCACAAACAGACCAAGGAUAAUCUUGAGGCUUUAUAUAAGAAGGUUCUGCCCAUUGCUGAAGAGCUGAGGGACAAACUGCGCGAGGAUGUGGAUGCUUUGCGUACCAGUUAUGCACCAUACAGUGAGGAAGUUAGGCAAAAGCUGGCUGAAAAACUGGAAGAAGUAAAGGCUAAUGCAGGUCCAAGAGCUGAAGAGUACAGGGCUCGAGUAUCCCAGAAUAUUGAGGUUUUAAAAGAGAAAUUAGGACCCCUGGUUCAGAAUAUUAAGGAACGUCUGUUGCCUCAUGCAGAAGAAGCCAAAGUGAAGCUUUCCAAGCUCUUGGAAGGAUUGAGGGCCAGGCUCGGUAAGGCUGCAUAAACAGGUCCUCCUCCAACCACCAAUGGAAGUAUACACUUAUCUCUGAGCCUUCAUGCUGCUGCCUCUAACCUCUUUGUGGAUGGGGCCAAUAGUUUAUCAUAAUUGGUUUAAUAUCUUAUUGUUUACAUAGCUCACAACUCUUACCUCAAUCCCGUGGAUGUCACCUUAGUGCCCUUCAGUUCUCACUGACUAAGCUGUAAAAUAAAAUUGAUCAGAAAAUAAA